AUGUCCGAUUUGAAGCAGCAGCCGCAUGUUUCUUUUCAAUCCAACAAAGACAACCAUGGUGAAUCGAAGGCUUCGUCGUUGGCACAGGAUGAUAUUCAACCAGCGAGUCCUACGACUAUGGGCAACAACGAGGAAGCACCACCAUCAUCGCAAGGCAAAGCACGUGUAUCAUUAUCAUCAUCAUCAUCAUCCACAUCUCCCGACACCUAUCGUCCGAGUACAAGUAGCAGCAGCCAUAAGCCUGGGAACGAGGUGAUUGAUCAAUCCCAUUCUCUUGAUAUCGAAAAGGUGGUUGAAGUAUCACCCGAUCCUGGUCGAUAUUUGCGCCUCAACACAUUGCUGGGAAAAGGAGCAUACAAGGUAGUGUACAAGGCAAUUGAUCGCGAGGAAGGAUACGAGGUUGCGUGGAAUUCAAUACAGUCUGCCAACAAUGCAAAGGACAUUGCACAAGAAAUUCAAAUCUUGAAAUCAGUCCGACAUCCAAAUAUUAUUGCUUUCCACGAGGCUUGGCAUACCGACAACGAGCUGGUCAUCAUCACUGAACUUAUGACAUCUGGCACUUUACGUGAAUACAUACGCAAGCUCAGCUUACCCAAUACCAAGAUUGUCAAGCGUUGGUCACGCCAAAUCCUCAAAGGUCUCGUUUACUUGCAUGGUCAUGAUCCACCCAUCAUCCAUCGUGAUAUCAAAUGUGACAACAUCUUCAUCAACGGUGCUUAUGGAGAAGUCAAGAUUGGUGAUAUGGGAACCGCUGAGAUGAAAAUGGGUAAAAAGUAUACCGUGAUCGGCACACCCGAGUUUAUGGCGCCUGAGAUGUAUGAGGAACGUGGAUACAGCGAAAAAGUGGACAUCUAUGCAUUUGGCAUGUGCUUGCUUGAAAUGGCUUCGGGUGAAUAUCCUUAUGGCGAAUGUACCAAUCCGGCACAGAUAUACAAAAAAGUCAUGUCAGGUGUCAAACCAGUGACUUUAUCCAAGGUCAAGAAUAAGGAUGUGCUUGCUGUCAUUAAGAAUUGCCUGGGUCCCGAGGAUGAAAGGAUGUCAGCUCAACAGAUCUUGGAAAAGACGUUCUUCGCCAUCGAACCAGAAGUUAUGCUGUUGACAAGUGACGGCAAUAACGUGCAUCUCACCCUCCAAGUCGUGUUUAAAGGCGUGGACAAGCGAUCCGUCAAAUUCGAUUUCAAUGUGGAAACGGACACCGCUGCUGAAGUAGUUGAGGAGAUGAUCGAAGAGGAUAUCCUUCCCAAGCGAUAUCAGCAGCACAUCACCAAAGAGAUCCAGCGUAUAUUGAGAGAGUGGGACAAGGACUCUGACCACGUGCAUCGAUCCAUUUGGCGACGAGAGAGUGAUAGCUCGGAACUUGAACGCAUCAAAGUGGAGUUGGAGCAAGAAAAAGAGCGUGCUGAAGAGAAAGAAGCAGAAUGCAAUGAGUAUGAGGAACGAGCAUUGAAAGCCGAGGAGAAAUGCAAAGAAAUGACGCGGCUACUUGAGGAGCUGAAGAGUGAGCAGUAUCAUGAGCUGGAGCAUGGUUCGAUUGCAACUGCUUUGAAAGAUUACGCGGAUGAUGCUGAUAUUGAAGUAUUUGUUCGAGAUUGUGCGGAAGCAACACAUCGCAGCGAGGAUAAAGCACAAGCAUGGAUAAAAAAGCUCAAGGAUCAAGAUAUCAUGACAGUGGGCGAUUUGCGAGAUCUACAUGACGAGGAUUGGGCAGCACUUGGUCUCACAGUGUUUGCAUCGAGAGCAAUCAAAAACAUGCUUAGAGGCAAAAGUAGCAAGGGAUAG